GAACCUGUACCGGAAGAUAUGGUUAUAUCAUAGCCGUACUGGAUACCAUGGAAUCUUUGGAUAUUUCGAAGGGAAAGGUCAUUCCAUCUGUUGGAUUGGCUGAGUUUGAAGUGAGAUACCGAGCAGUUGUAUUCAAACCUUUUAAGGGAGAAGUUGUAGAUGGGGUUGUGUCACAAGUUAACAAGAUGGGAUUUUUUACCGAUGUUGGUCCAUUACAAGUAUUCGUUUCGAGCCAUUUAACCCCUUCAGAUGUGACAUUCGAUGCGGCUCGCCAAGCUUACGUAGGUGAAGAAGUUACUAUUGAGAAAGGGAGUCACGUCAGGAUAAAGAUUGUUGGAACGAGAUUUGAUGCUACGGAUAUUUUUGCGAUAGGAACUAUCAAAGAUGAUUACUGUGGAGUUCAGAGUUAA